AUGUCGCUCGCUCAUUUCACACCGCAACAACCACACCGUGCUCCAUCGAGUACAAUCCUUGAGAUCGGCCAGCCAACAAUCUCCUUUCCGGCGGUUCGUGCAUCUCGAAUCAAGCGCAAGAAGUCUGACGUCCCGGAGGAGAAGAAGAAGAAGAGGAGCCCUGCUGUUCGUACUUCCCCAAGAGCGCAGCAGAGGGCCAGCAUUUCCGAAGAGAAGGGUCGUCCACUUCGCACAUUUACAAGAAAGCGCAAGAACAUCGACACCAUCCCGGAAGUGGAGGAGAUCAAGCCCAGGAAAUCGGAUAUGCGCAAGCGUCAGAAGGUGGAUAAAGGCAAAGAUCAGAUAGUCGAACUCCACCCUAUGCCUGAGAUCCACAGCCCCGUUCCCUCUGGCUGCGACUCUGAUCCUUCGGGCGGGAGAUGUGAGCCAAGGAAUGCUGCGUUCCUCCAAUGUCGAGUCUAUUUGGAUCUGCCUACCACAUCCAAAUAUACAUGCAGACCUUGGGAAUGGGGACUGCCUCUCGAGGUGAACCAGCAAGUGGAGGAUAAUAUGAGUGUUCUUGCGGAUGACUCUGGCCUGGAGAACAUCGAUGAAAGUAUUUUCACAGAUAAUUUUGCCACUGCAUGGGAUCCCAUGAUGAGGCUGCCAGUAGAGACCGUCGUGAGCAUCCCUGCAGAUGAGUUUGGCGGCCUGGGUAACAUCAACGAAAGCGUCUUCACAGAUAAUUUCGCCACUGCAUGGGACCCCAAGCCUGAAGUGAGGCAGCCAGUGGAGGGCUCCAUAAGCAUCCCCAUCGAUGACUUUGAUGACUUGGACAGCCUUGAAGAGAUGCCCAUGGAUGAUAUCGUGAUGGUUCGAUGA